AUGGGCCGAUUCGCCCCGGCCGUAUCCGGCCGAGAUUUAUUAGAUGUCAUCGUCCAAUUGCCACAAUUAAUGAAUCGUCAAAAUCACGGCCGAUUAAGCACUUAUCUUAGGACCCCAAACGGCCGACAACUGCGAUCGUGUGGAAAUGCUGGAUAUGAUUUAAUCGGUGGCCAGAAUGCAGGAAGGCUGGCAAUAAAACGAAAGUGUGAGACUGUGGAGAUUUAUGGUGGUUCAGCUUUGCUGGGUAGGAUGGACAAGGGCGAGUAA